AUGGCAUCGGUAUUACGGGGCUCUCUAUUAAUCACGACAUGCCGUAAAUACCGUCCUUGCUCAUAUAGGCAUGCCACAGGGCAGCGAGCCACAUUCUCAGCAUCUGCUACAACUAGAGGCAACGAAUUUGAUGACAUAUUCCCGAACCUAAGGAGAUCAACAAACCUGAGCCAAGAAGAUUACGCUAAAAUUGAAGAAUACGUCAAAAAAGACCUAGCCGACGUCGAGAAUACUGCUGACGAAGAUCGGCCAACAUUGCGUCAGGUAUUAAAAAAAUAUGAGAGUGAUGAUCCUAAUGAGCCAGUUGAUGGUGAUAGCGAAACCUUAAACCAGUUCUGGGAGGAUGCCUACAGCUCAUAUGGAGUUAAAAAAGUUGAUGCGCCCGAGAAGCGCAAAAAACUCAAGCAAACAUUUAUGAACAUGGGUGAAGCUGAGCCGUGGGAAGACGAUGGCAUGCUUCCUGAUGAUGACGAUGAUAUUACCUCUAUGGGGCAUGGAGAGUUGGAACAACACCGAGAAAUGCGUCACUAUGCUAGAUUGGCAGCGUGGGAGAUGCCACUGCUUUACAAUUUGAGAAGACCCUAUAAACCACCAACAUCAGAAAUGCCUUUGAGAUUCAGGUAUACGACCUACAUGGGUGAGCAACAUCCGGCGGAGAACAAGGUGGUACUCGAAUUCUGCCCACUAGAUAUUCCGGAUCUUACAGAGGUCCAGCAAGAUAAACUUAAGAAACUUGCUGGUGUCAGGUGGAAUCCAGAAACCAAUAUUGUCAAAAUGAGCUGUGAGAGCUACGAGACGCAGGCGCAGAAUAAGCGUUAUUUGGGUGAUAUUUUUCAAUCACUCCUAAAAGAGGCUAAGGAUGAAACCGACACUAUGGAGGAUAUACCAUUAAACACCAAACAUCAUCGUUUCAAGAGUAUCCCUCAGUUUCCGCGAGAAUGGAUCUUAACCGAGGAGCGUCAAAAAGAACUGCAAAUUCAUCUUAAGAAGCAAGUGGAGAAAGAUAUUCAGGCAAGAAUUAGCGGUCAAUUAAUCGAUGGUAUUGACUACAUCAAUAGAUCUCUAAAUACAGUCAAACCUGAUGAAAAAAAUACCGUACUCACGGAAGUGGUCGGUGCUGGAGAGGGACGAGGAAAAAGACUAGCCGUGAAGCGGUAG